UUUAAGUAGUCACCAUCUGGCUUUGUAGGACUGAUGUGCAUUAUUGAGAAAUAACAUGGACUUCUUAACAUGGACUUCUUAAAUGGACAUCUGAUAUGCACAGACAGGAUGGUGGCGCUUCAUAGCAAAACGAGUCACAAAUAACUACUGAAGAUAUCUGAUGAUGUUAUAUUCUAAGGUUCAGAAAGGGUCAUGGUGUCUGCCAAAACUUCAUUCUCCAGUAACUGACAUGUAUAACCUCAACUUUCUGAGCAAUAGUCAUCACUUUUCUGCCUACAAAGCUAUAUGGUGAAAUGAGAAGACAAUGAUAACAAGAAGAGCAGGAUCUAGAAACCUCCACCUAGCUGUGUACUCCAUUACUCUGAUCACCGGCUGCCCCACCAACCUCCUUGCCUUUUAUGCAUUUUACCAGAAGCUCAGAGGGAAAGCAAAUCCCAGCAUCAUCUUCCUCAUCAACCUGACAGUUUCAGAUCUAGCGUUUCUGGCGUUCCUCCCUUUCAAGCUUGUAGAUGCCUCAUUUGAAGAAUGGAAACUCCCUGCAUUUCUUUGUCCACUGAGUGGAUUCUUCUACUACAGUACAAUCUACUGCAGUACCUUGUUUCUGACUGCUGUAAGUGUAGAGAGGUACCUUGGGGUUGCCUUUCCCAUCCAGUACAAAAUGUACAGGAAACCUGUUUAUGCAGUGACGGUCAGCAUUUUCCUAUGGAUCUGUGCAUUUGCACACAGCAGUAUUGUUUACGUGACAGAAUAUCAUAGGGGUGAGAAUUCCAGCAACUUUGUUGUCUGCUAUGACAACUUCACAGAUGAACAGCUGGAGAUUCUUCUGCCAUUCCGACUGGAACUAGGUAUUGUGUUAUACUGCAUCCCAUCUCUUAUCACCUGCUUCUGUUAUGGCAGCUUCAUUAAAAUCUUAAUCUCUACUGAAAACAUUGGAAAAGAGAAGAAACACAGAGCCAUUGGACUUGUUCUGGCGACACUAACAGUCUUCAUUGUUUGUUUCACACCUUACAAUGUCUCUCAUAUUGUUGGAUUCAUCCAGAAGAGCAGUCCAACAUGGAGAUCUGAGGCUUUGCUGCUGAGUACAUUUAAUGCCAGUUUGGACCCCAUCAUUUUUUACUUUUCUUCAUCUGCUGUGCAGAAAUCCAUUAAGCGCUGUCUGCAUGGGAUAGCUAGUGUAUUGUGUGCUAGGAGACCUCUGCAAAUGCUCUCAAAGCUACUCAGCAAGAGAAGGGACAUAAUAACCAAUCAGAGUGCUAACAACAGUCAGAUGCAAUGUUCAAGGUUAUGAAAAAAUAGAGUGUGUGACUAACACUUAUCCAAGGACUUCAAGAGGCCAUCCAUUAGGCAUGUAACAUUUUCUCUGGUGAUUUUUUCUGAACACUGCUUGAAACCACUAGGAGAUGGCUUACCUUUCUGAACCAUAGGCAUCCUUAUAACACUACAUCUACUAAUGUACAAGAGGCAGUAGCUCAACCAAUGUACUGAACACUUUUAGUCAGUAAGGACUUGACUGUAGGACUUUGUUAAUCAUGUCUGCCAUUUUGUAGCUUGGACUAACACACUGGAUGCUCAUCACAAUAUUAAAAUAGCACAAUGUCUCAGUGUGAUGAGAUUUUCACUAUAGUAUUGAACUGCUAUGAAUGAUCCUUUCAGUGUUGUUAUGCAUUAUCAAUAAGCCAUAAAUGGCUGAUGGUUACUGAGGAUUUACCUACACCUCAGGAAGUCUUAUGUAGUUUUAAUCACCCACAAUUCACAUCCUGAAAUGGGUUAUUGUAAUUACCUUAGAGACAUAUUUCUUAAAAUGCAUUUUAUGAAUGAUGUUUUAAGCUGUGUAGCUAUUAUGUGAUAUAUUUAGGUGCUGAACAAGUCCUGACCAAAUGACUUAAAGGAUUUCACAAUCCCAUUAUAUAAAAUGAUUCAUCUUUACAUUAUAGAAAUUCUAGGACUAAAAGAUUACAGAACUAUAUAAAAUGUGUUUGAGAAUCAAGGAAAGCAUUGCAAUGACACAGAACCAGUGCUGGAUGACAAUCCCUAUAAAUGACUGUACUAAAAGUAUUGGUUGUACAUAUCUAUGAGCAUGAGACUAAAAGCAAAGCAUUUAUGGCCUGGAUGAAUGCAGCUCAGAUGGUUAUUACUACUGGUUUUGUCUGAAGACCUUAUGAGAACAUGUGUAAUCAGAAUGACAAAAUGUUACCAGUUUUUAGUACUUUCAGAAGAAAUUUGAUCAUUGAUAUGUAACUUCUCUCCAUUGGUUAUUAACUUUUUAUGAAAAAACUGGAAAGGAGUUUAGGACCAAAAGCAACAUGACAAUUGUAGGUCAAUUCUAAUCAUGCCAAACUAUAUUAACUGUUUUUUGUCUUGAAAGCAUAUUCCAGACCUCAAGUAGGAUGGACACUUUCUUUUGAUUGCAGUUAUUUAUUUAUUACAAAUAAUGAUGCACUAAAUGACACUUUCAAAAUAACGUACAAUUUACUAAUGCAACAGGGUAUUUAUAAAGCUGUUACGUGUUCUCAACCCUUAUACAAUGCAUCAUCAUUGAUUUUUACCAUAUACCUAUAAAUAAAAUAAAAUACAAAAAUAGUUUAAAAGCUGUAUGGAAAAGGGACUUGGCAUUAUACAUCACAGAUGCAGCUGCUCUUAUAAAGUUUCAGCUAUAGCAUGUUACUUGAAAUAUUCUGCAUAUUGACAUAUCAAUGGGAAAACUACAUUGGACAAAGCUACUUUUAUCAGCAGCUUCACAGUAACUACUAUUUUACUACAUACAUUUUCUCCUAGUGUACUAAAACAUAUGCUAUUUUAUUGGAAGUUAGGUUGCUUACUAGCAUUUAUGCUAUGUGACACUUAUGUACUAUACUGGGUAUUGUGUAAUAUACUUUAGUAUGCUUGCUUCAGAGUCCAGACUUUUGGUAUUACUUUUUCAUUGUAUAUAGUCACUAUCAAAGCACAACAUCAGGACCAAAUAUGGUCAAAACAGUAAUUAUGUUUUAAGCUAAAAUGUAAAAUAUUUCAUUUAACAAAAUAAAUAAUAAAUGACAAAUGUAAAACAA